CUAGGAGACGCGUGCGCGCGGGGGGCCAAUGGGGAGGCGCUGGCGCUUCAGUGAUUGUGACAUUCCACACCCGUGCGCCAAGCGCGAGAGCCGACGGCUGGUGCGUUACGACUCCAGCCGGCUUCCCCCAGUUGGCGAGGUAGAGCGAACACGGAAGGGAGCGUGACCAGGAGCCUGAGACCCGCAACAGGAGCGGCGGCGGGCGACUGGUGCCCCCUGCUCGCCUCCAGCCCCUCCCCUGCGAUGGGGAAUGGGCUGUCGGAGCAGACGCCGAUCCUGUCGAGCCUGCCUGCCUUCCAGUGCUUCCACAUCGUGAUCCUGGGGCUGGAUUGCGCCGGCAAGACCACCGUGCUCUACCGGCUGCAGUUCAACGAGUUCGUCAACACCGUCCCCACCAAAGGCUUCAACACCGAGAAGAUCAAAGUGACGCUGGGUAACCACAAGACCGUCACUUUCCACUUCUGGGACGUCGGGGGCCAGGAGAAGCUGCGGCCCCUCUGGAAGUCCUACACCCGCUGCACGGACGGCAUCGUCUUCGUGGUGGAUUCCGUGGACAUCGAAAGGAUGGAGGAAGCCAAAACGGAACUGCACAAAAUCACGCGGAUCUCGGAGAACCAAGGAGUGCCUGUGCUUAUCGUGGCCAACAAGCAGGACUUGAGACAUUCGUUGUCGCUGUCGGAUAUGGAAAAGAUGUUGGCCACCAGCGAGCUGAGCUCUUCCACUCCCUGGCACCUGCAGCCCACCUGUGCUAUCAUAGGAGAUGGGCUCAAAGAGGGACUUGAGAAACUGCAUGAUAUGAUAAUUAAGCGAAGGAAAAUGCUGAGGCAGCAAAAAAAGAAGAGAUGAGCUGCUAUGGCCAUAAGGGUAGCAACACCUGGCAUUUGACUCAAAACAGUUUCCAGCUCCUGGCCUGCUUGUUUGGAUCCUGUACAGCCUAAUUAACAAACACUCAUCCUGGUGGGAAGCUUUGCAGACACAGACUCUUUCCAUGGUUUCCCCACAAGUCCUUUGGCACUACUUCUGGUGUCUUUUUAAAAAAAUAAACAAAACAAAAAAACUCCCUUGUUGCAUAGUACAAAAUGAUCAGGAAACAGAUGGGCGGGUAAAUGUGACCUGGAUAUCUAAAUAGCCAAAUAAAACAAUGAAGAGUGUUCUGCUUGGUGGUGUAGUCAUAUGUUUGAGAGUGCCUUUGCAAGAAAACUGCAGUUAAGGCAUUCAGUGUUUUUCAACUACUGCUUGUAUAAGUGGUGUGUUUAGAUGAAGAUAUACAGCUUUAAAAUAGUAUCCUUUAACAUAUAUGGAGCUAGUAAACCAUUAUUUAAGGAGGCUGUGAAUGUGGAGGGUUUUUUAAUGAAAGGUUGGCUGUAUGAUGUGCUUCUAACUGGUUCUCAUGAAACAUCACUGAGCUCAGGUGACAUGGAAGACAAAUACUGUUCAUGUUAUCUGAAGCUUGAUAGAGGAAAAGGUUCAGAAUAUGUAAGAGCAUGGAUGAGUUUCCUGAUAAUGUAGCAUGUCUUGGUGUGUAGAGGUUUUUUUAGAAAUAGCUGUGCAUCAUUAUACAGUGCUAAUCAGGUUUGGACCAUACUUGUUUGUCCUAGGGAGACAUGUCCUAAAAAGUUUGCUCUCCAAGAAAACCCUGAACAAUUAGAGACUAAAAUUACUACCGUAAGGGACUUGGGUUUCAGGAUUCUUACAGUGCAAUAUUACCUUUAAAUGAAUUUGACGGCAAUAAAAUUUGAUCAAAACUAAAUGUAGACACAGCAGAACAAAUGCAUGUUCUAUGUGCCCAGUGCUGUUAAAAGAUGUGCUGCCAGAUGUCUUACUGUUCUUGCAGUACUCUUAGAAUGUAUUGAAGCUUUAUACACUUGAAACAUUUUGACACUGUGGAAAAACAAGAGGUUAAAGAUAGCCUGUGUCUGCUCUAAUUAUGCUUUAAGCUUUCCUUGUUUACAGUCAUGGAAACAGUGUUAACUGGGUGGAACAGCAUAUGAUGGGUAGAGAGGCUUUUUUCUUACUGGUACAGUUUUUUUAAAAGAAUUCUUUAGACAAUUUGGGUAGCAGGUUAAAGGGCUAAAAAGUAAAGCCUGUGUUACUCUACUGGUGCUGUGAAAUGUUACUAGAAUAAUUCCACUGUAAAAUGAGAGAGAAUGGCUUAAAAGGAACAACAAGGCUUCUCCUCCUCUUGACACAGCAAAGUUAAUGUGUUCUUUUGCUUGCUUGUGAGAUAUGGGGAGGAACAAAAGUCCUGGAUGUCAGUAAACAUAACUUAUGGAUACUUUGUAUAAAAUCAAAUUUUAUAGCCAGAAACUGCUUGGAAGGUAACUAGAAAUGCACUUUAGUGUUUUCCAAUGCUGAAAGUGACAGCCUUUUUUUAAAGAAAAAAAAAUGAAAUCCUGGUCCUUUUUGAAAGAAUUGAAGUAGCUUCCAAUGGAGCUUUUAUAUGUUGGUUAUGUGUACCUGCACUAGUGACAUUUGAAAGUCACUUAAUGUCUAUAUUUAUAGAAACAUGGAUAACUUCUUAAACCUCAAUAGAUCCAACUCCAAAUGAGUCAUCAGAGACAGAAGUUGACAGAACACUUUACUAUGUGCAGAUCUUGCUUUUUAUCAGAACUGUCUGCAUGAAACUGAACUCUUAUUCAUGUGAGAUUUGUAAAUGUGACAAUGUUAAAAAUCACAGGUAUCUCAUUAAAGACUUUAAUGGCAA